AUGUCUGCAAGGCGGCAGCUGGAGAACGGGCACGUGUCGUGGCUCGUGGAGAGCAACUCUGACCCUCCGGACUGGCUGCGCCUGAGCCCUGCGUCCAUGGUGACGUGGCAGCGCCCCGACGGCGGCCGCACCAGGCUGUACAAGCUACCCACUGACGGCAGGCUCCUUACGCGGCCCGGCGACCUGCAACCUGUGCGCGACUUCCAGGGGGUCACUCUCACCGCAGCUGUCGUGGUGCGUACAAUUCCUCAGGGAGAGUUACUCAAGUCGUAUCUGGCGUUCCGCCACCCGACCAGCCAGGGGCUGCGCAGCUCGCUGUUCGCACCCUUCUGCAGCAGCGUGUGGGUGGCCAGCGGUGCCGUCUGGCUUCUUAUCAUGAGCUCGCUGCGGCUCAUCACGUGGAUCGGCUCGCGCCAGGCGGGCAGCAUCGUGCAGGCUGAGAGCUCCUGGGGCGCCGUCGUCGUCUUCGCCGCCUGCGCUAUUGGCUUACAAGGCACAACGGAGCGGUCGCAGUGGCUGUCGUGGCGCGUGGUGCUGCUGUUCACGUUCCUGCUGUCGCUGAUGCUCAACACGUACUACGGCGCCGCCGUCGUGGGGUCGCUGCUCGUACCGCCGCCCAAGACCAUCCGUACGCUGCGACACCUUAUAGACAGCCCCAUACAGGUCGGCAUUGAGGACAUCGGCUACAAUCGCGACUACCUUGAGAAAUCGACAGAUCCAGUUGUGCGCGAGCUGUUCGUACGCAAGGUGUUCCCGCCGACAGCGAAACGGCCAGCCUACUACCCAAUCGAUGUGGGCGUGGAGCGGAUGCGCACGUCGCUGUUCGCAUUCCAGGCGGAGGCGGUAACGAUGUACCCGCUCAUCCUGCGCACGUUCAGCGAACGCGGGAAAUGCGCGCUCUCAGAGAUCAUCCUGGUGCCCCACGGCAUGACCUAUCUUGCCGUCCCCAAGGGCUCGCCGCUGCGGGAGCACAUGUCGUACGGGCUACGCAAAGUGUGGGAGAGUGGGCUGCUGAACUACCAGGAGCGCAUCUGGCACCCGCCGCGGCCGCCCUGUCUGCAGGCGGGAGAGGCGGAGAGCAUCCGCAUCAUGUCGGUGGCACCGGCAUUCCUCAUAGCCAUUGCAGGCAUCCCGCUCGCCUGCCUCAUCGCCUGCAUCGAGCAACUCAGGUCCGAGUUCGAGGAAAUAUUUCUAGCUCUAUCUACUUCAGUCUCUCUUUCCUAA